ACUAUGACCCAGCGUUCAUUUCUACAGGAAUUGCACUGGCAAUGUUUCUAGUUCUCACAGCCGCUGGGCUGGGGGUGGAGGAGUGAGGAUGCCGGGGCGCGGGAGGAGCGUGGGCACCCGCUCCCCGAAAACCCAGGCGGUCUCCUGGGGGCCCCGCCCGCCCUGAGCUCGGACGCAGGACCCGACGGGGGAAGACGCGUGGCCCCGCCCCCGCCACGCCACGCCCCGCCCCCACGGCGUCGGCCUCCGCGUCUCUAUGGAAACGGCGCCCACUUCGGCGCCGCGGGGACCGCGAUGGCGGCGGGGGAGCCGGGGGACUUGGGCGGCUACGACUUCAGGUUUCUGCCUCAGAAAACCUUCGCGUCUCUGAGCACGCAGGAGAGCACCAGCCGGCUCCGCCAGUGGUCCAUGCUGGGCAGAGUCAAGGCCCAGGCGUUCGGGUUUGACCAGGUGUUCCGGGCCUAUCGGAAGGAUGACUUCGUGAUGGCUUUUUUCAAAGACCCAAAUGUUAUUCCCAAUUUGAAGUUACUUUCAGAUUCUGGACAGUGGAUUACAUUAGAAACUGAAGUGAAAAAAAUUGAAGCUAUAAAUGUUCCUUGCACACAGCUUUCAAUGUCAUUUUUUAAACGGUUAUACAAUGAAGAUAUUGUACGAGACAGUGGACAUAUUGUUAAAUGUUUAGAUUCUUUUUGUGAUCCCUUUCAUAUUUCUGAUGAGUUACGAAAGGUUUUGCUAGUGGAAGACUCAGAAAAAUAUGAAAUAUUCAGCCAACCAGAUAGAGAAGAGUUCCUGUUUUGUCUUUUCAAACAUCUUUGCCUUGGUGGAGCCCUUUGUCAAUAUGAGGAUGUGAUUAAUCCAUAUCUGGAAACAACAAAGCUUAUCUAUAAGGAUCUAGUAAGUGUUCGAAAGCAUCCUCAAACCAAGGAAAUACAAAUUACCUCUUUCAUCUUUAAAGUUACAGCAUAUGAUUCUGUUGGUGUGUGCUACCCUUCAAGAAAAAGUCACGAACAGACAUUUUCUUACUUUAUUGUGGAUCCUAUCAUGCGUCAUGUUCAUGUUUUAUACCACUGUUAUGGCGUGGGAGAAAUGUCUUAGCAGUAUUCUUUCAGAUAACCUAUAUUUACUAUGUUUUUAUUUACCAA